CUGGAGCUCCACGCCAGGAUUAGAGGGUUGCCGCCAGUGUCUGCUCAUAGAGAAAAAGACAGAAGACCGAAAACAAAUUAUACGGAAUAUAAGAAGGCCUUCACUUGACACAUUUUGGCAGUUCAUCUCAUUCCCAAGUGUCCGGCAUCUAAUUGCUAAAACAUCACCUGGGGGGUGGAUUAGUCACCGCAGGGACUACCCUUCUGGACCUCCAUACGGAGAGCCAUGUGAGCUGACCCCCCAUCUCACACUGCCCAACACUCUGAAGCUAAAGGGAGCACACCUUGGAUUCUUCCCCCUCCCUGGAUCCUCCACUUUCCGGACUCGCCAAGAGGGAGUCUCCAGGCUCGGCGCUCUGCCCGCUGGAGCCGCUUGUCUUGGGGCGCCGUUAGGGCUGUGAGUGCCCCCCUGGUCCGGAGGCCAGCCGGCAGCACUCCAGCGCCAUGGAUUACCUGUUUGGCUUUGCGGUGCUGCUGUGCGGGGCGGUGCGGCCGGGAAGUGGACUCGAGCCCAAGCACAAUGUACCCAGGCUAAAGCUGUCAUACAAGGAAAAGCGGCAUGUAAAAUGUCCGCCCGCUUCCGUGUUGUUUCCAGAGAUGUUGGAGUCCAGCAACCUGGCGAGCUUCUCGGGGCUGGCCGACAGCUCCGGCUACGACACCUUCCUGCUGGACGAGGAGCGGGGCAGGCUGCUGGUGGGCGCCGAGGACCACGUCUUCUCCUUCGACCUGGUCAACAUCAACAGAGACCACAAACAGAUCACGUGGCCCGCCACCCCCUCCAAGCGGGACGAGUGCAAGUGGGCAGGGAAAGACCUCGGGAAAGAGUGUUCAAACUUCAUCCGCGUGCUCCAACCCUACAACCAGACCCACCUGUUUGUCUGCGGCACCGGAGCCUUCCAUCCCAUCUGCGCUUACCUGGAAAUGGGCAAGAAAGCCGAGGACAACAUCUUCCGACUCGCCUCAGAUUUUGAGAACGGUCGCGGGAAAAGCCCCUACGACCCCAAGAUGCUCUCGGUGUCGCUCCUGAUCGACGGGGAGCUCUAUUCGGGCACGUCGGCCGACUUCAUGGGGCGGGACUUUGCCAUUUUCCGAACGCUGGGGGCUCACCAUCCCAUCAGGACGGAGCAGCACGACUCCAGGUGGCUCAACGACCCGAGGUUCGUCGGCGUUCACUUGGUCCCGGAGAGCGACAAUCCCGAGGACGACAAGAUCUUCCUGUUCUUCAAAGAGAACGCCAUGGACGGCGAGCACACGGGCAAGGCCACCAUCGCCCGGAUAGGACAACUGUGUAAGAACGACAUGGGAGGCCACCGCAGCCUGGUCAACAAGUGGACCACCUUCCUCAAGGCCCGGCUCAUGUGUUCCGUGCCGGGUGUCAACGGCAUCGACACGCACUUCGAUGAGCUGCGUGAGUUUCCCGCGCUCUUAAGCUUGACCAAAAAGGCUCUCAAAGAUGUUGUUUACAUAUCCUCGUUUUUGCCUUUUUCAGAGGACGUUUUCCUGAUGAGCUCCAAAGACCCCAAGAAUCCGCUUAUCUACGCCGUUUUCACCACGUCCAGCAACAUCUUCAAAGGCUCGGCGGUGUGCAUGUACAACAUGGCCGACAUCCGCAGGGUGUUCCUGGGCCCCUACGCCCACAGAGACGGACCCACAUACCAGUGGGUGCCCUUCCAGGGCAGGGUGCCCUACCCCCGACCCGGAACCUGCCCGAGCAAGACGUUCGGGGGCUUCGACUCUACCAAAGACCUCCCGGACGACGUGAUCACAUUCGCGCGGGGCCACCCGGCCAUGUACAACCCGGUGCACCCCAUCGGCGGGCGCCCCAUCAUGGUGCGCACCGACGUGGACUACCAGUUCUCCCAGCUGGUGGUGGACCGCGUGGAGGCCGAGGACGGCCAGUACGACGUCAUGUUCAUCGGCACGGAUGUCGGCACUGUGCUCAAGGUGGUGACCAUCCCCAGGGAGAGUUGGCAUGACCUGGAGGAGGUGGUCUUGGAGGAAAUGACCGUCUUCAGGGAGCCAACCACCAUCACCGCCAUGGAGCUUUCAACCAAGCAGCAACAGCUGUACCUGGGCUCGUCACUGGGCGUGUCACAGAUGUCCCUGCACCGCUGCGAGGUUUACGGGAAGGCCUGCGCCGAGUGCUGCCUGGCCCGGGACCCGUACUGCGCCUGGGACGGCACAGAGUGCUCCAGAUACUUCCCCACCGCCAAGAGGCGCACCAGACGGCAGGACAUCAGGAAUGGAGACCCGCUUUCGCAGUGCUCGGACCUUCAGCAUCACGAUGACGUUGACGGCCUGGGUGGCGGCGUGGAGGACCGCGCGGUCUACGGUGUCGAGAACAGCAGCAUGUUCCUGGAGUGCAGCCCCAAGUCUCAGCGGGCGCUCGUCUACUGGCAGCUGCAAACGCCCGGCGGCGAACGCAAGCACGAGGUCAAGAUGGACGACCGGAUUCUGAGUACGGACCAGGGCCUGUUGAUCCGAAGUCUGUCUCAGUCCGACACGGGCGUGUACUACUGCCAGGCGGUGGAGCACGGCUUCAUCCAGCCUCUGAUGCGCCUCAGUUUGCAGGUCAUCCCCACCCACAGGCUGGGCGACAUCAUCCCGGGGCCGCCCGGCUCCGGGGCGACCCCCGCGGGCAAGCAGCGCGUGUGGUACCGGGAUUUCCUGUCCCUGCUAGAUCACCCGGACCUCAACAGCGUGGAGGAGUUCUGCGACCGCGUUUGGAAGAAGGAGCGCAAGCCCAAGAAGGUGAAGGCGCCCGAUGCCAACGGCCAGGCUAGCCCGCCGCCGCGGCCCAAAACUUUGGCUCUGAAUGCGCAAAAGCUUCAGGCCGGCCCACCGCAGGGCAAAGCUUGGCUCCAGCCCGGAGCCGAGGGGACUAACCAGAAAAGUCGACCCAACUUGGGCAUGCUGAGCGUCCAGACGCCCAAGAACCAACCCAAACCACAGCAGAGCGGUCCGAAGGGGCAGGGCGCGGGCGCCCAGCACGCCGCCAAGUGGCGACGUGUGCAGGACAACAAGAAGGGACGCAACAGGAGAACCCAUGAGCUGCAAAGACCCCCGAGGAGCAUUUGAGAAGGGUGGGGGACACACACACACACACACACACACACCAAAAGAAGCACAAAGACGAGCACAUACACAAGCACACACACACACACACACAUUCUGUAGAUUGUGUCACCAGUGUAGGAUUCAGUGACCUCUUCAUAUACACGCGCACACACCCAUCAAGAAAUGCACACAUGAGCUGUGAAUAUUAGCAGCGGGAAAGCUAAGUGUAAAAACGUGUGAGGACGUGGCCGGUCGCCAUGGAUACGGCCCGACGGACACUUGCGCCUCCUUGUACAUACAUAAGCUAGUCCACACUAAAAGCGGGAUUCAAGACGGGAAGACGGCGGACGAUUCCGGAAGCGACAAAGAAGCACAUUCUCCGCAGGACUCGAGCAUGUGAUCUCCACGGAAUGAAACAAACUUUGUUUUGCUUUUGAAAGGAGCAAAGAACUUUCCAUGUCGCCAUUAAAGCAUCACAUGCAGUGGCAAGCAUCGUGCAUGUUGUUGUCCAUCCAUGUGUUAAAUAAGCUGCUCAGUUUGGAAGCUUUGUUUUUGUUUUUACAGCCUACCUGAAACAAUUUCUUUUUCUAUAAGCCACACAACAUGGCUGUGGCGACGUCAUCGCUCCCUCUGUGUAACUUAUUACAUCUGCAACACACACACACACACACACACAUUGUUUAGUGUACAUAUAUACGACAACCUUCUCUCUGUGUGUAUAUACAGUACAGGAAACACCAUGUGAUCUUUAUUUAUUGCUCGUUUUGUGAAAGGGUUGCAUUUAUUUUUUUAUAUUAUGCUAUGUGGGGAGGGGGGGGGGCUCGUCGGUAUGUUGGGGAAAAUUAAUAAAAUCUUUGCACCAACUGGCUGGAAUUAUGUCAUGGAAUAAUUUUCAGAGCAGAUAGAAAUACAGAAUCUAUAAUAAGGCCUAGCGACAAUAAACAAAUGUUUGUUUUAUUUUCAGUACUUUAGUUGGGGUUUUUUUUCCCCCCAACAUCUUUGCGCAUCAUUCAUUUACAUGUAAAAUAAUCCCCCCUUAAGAAAAGCAGUUCUAGCUGUGAAUCUCUGUAAGAAAUAGUGCAGACAAAUGUCCAGUUCGCCCGACGAGAAGACAUGAUUGCAUGUGAAUGCUGCCUACAAUACAUUGCAUCUUUUUUACUGUCUCAGUGUUUUUGUGUGACAGCUACACUUCCCUUCAAACGUCAACAAUAAUGUUGUUAAGUAACAACGACAAGGCAUUAUGAGCUGCCCCACCCCCCAAGGAAGAACAACAACAAAAAGUCCCGAUUGAGUUUUCAGUUUGAACACUGAAAGAGACUGCAGCUGCUGUAACACAAUUCUUUAUGGCAUGCAUUCGGUUGUCUAAAUAAACAUCUCUGUUACAAACAAU